AUGACGACGAAAACAGGGUCCACAGAGCUGCGGCAUCUCGUGGACGGGCCACCGUUCCCAUUGGCUGUUGCAGGCGCUCUGCUGCAGCUAGGAACUGUUCACUACGUAUGGUAUGCUUUUACAUCGGCACAUGACUGCCUUGCGGAUCCAAUCAGCUGCCUGGCACGGCCCUGGGAUGCAGAUCCAUUCGGCCGGACCGUGGUCUUCGUGGACGCAUUUGCGCUCUUCAUGUGGUUCAUCUCCCUUCGCACGCUGCCGGGCACUGGAACUUCCGACCCUUCAAUCGUCGAUCGCCUGUGGUCGAUCAUGCCCUGGCUCUAUGCCUGGCAAUGGUUCGCUGCUUCCUGUAUGCAGGGCUUCAACAGCCGUCUGCUUAUUAUGGCCGUGCUCUCUAGUAUCUGGGGCUUCCGCUUGACUUACAACUUCUGGAUCAAGGGCGGCUUCAGUGGUGGUGAGGACUAUCGCUGGGCAGUCGUGCGCCAAUGGUAUCCAGGUUGGCAGUGGGAGGUUUUCAACCUCCUCUUCAUCUGCCUCUUCCAGCAGUGCGCCAUCCUGGCCUUUACUGUCCCAGCAGUUGCAGCGCUCCAAUCGGACGCGCCCCUGGCCUGGCUGGACAUGGUGGCAACGUGUUUCUACUUGCUCCUUUGCCUCGGUGAGGCCGUCGCAGACGCACAAAUGUAUGCGUUUCAGACGGAGAAGUACCGCCGCAGAGCAGCGGGCGAAGAGAUGGGAGUUUACGGAAAAGGAUUCAUCCAAAGCGGUCUCUGGGCCUGGUCGCGGCACCCCAACUACUUCUGCGAAGUUACGAUGUGGUGGGUCUUUUACCUUUUCAGCAUACCUGCUACCGGAAAGACGGUCAACUGGACCAUUUUGGGACCCCUCUUCUUGAGUGGGCUGUUCCUGGUACCUGGGGCAUCUCUGGAUAUAACGGAAGCGCUUUCCUCCAGCAAGUACCCGGAGUACGAGCGGUACAAGCAGCAAGUCAGCAAGUUCUUCCCACUCCCCCCGCGGAGGAAGGAAGGCUUGCUGGCUGAAAGCUGCUAA